AUGGGCGGACUAUACAAGGAGCUCCCUGAGGGGCUUGACGAGGUCGAUGUCGUCAUUGUCGGAGGUUCGUGGAUCCAGCGGAACCGCAGGCUGCGUCGUGGCAUCUCGACUGAGCGAUGCCUACCCAUCCCUGUCCAUUCUGAUUGUCGAGGGUGGCCGAGACAACCAGGGCCUUCAAAAUGUCACCUACCUAUGCUCAUGCUCAACAACAUCUUGCCCGGAAACACCGACACGCUUUUCUAUGAGGGCAUCCCUGAGAAGGCUAUGGGCCAUCGCUCACUUGUCGUGCCGUCCGGCGGUGUCCUCGGCGGCGGCUCGUCUAUCAACCUGCUCACCUACAGCCGUGCUCAAGCCAUUGACUACGACCAGUGGGGAGUCGAGGGGUGGUCUUCCAAGGACUUGGUUCCGUAUCUCCAAAGGCUCGAGACCUAUAAAGGUAAGGGCACGCCCGAGACACACGGCUACUUUGGCCCCAUGGUCGUCACCCCAAGUAACUACACGGCAAAGGCAUCCGAGGAGGGCUUCAUCAAGGCGGCCGCCAAGCUCGGCUACCCAGAGGCCCGCGACAUCCAGGACCUGGAGACCGUCAACGCCACGCAGCGCAACAUCCGCUACGUGAGCGGAGGCAAGCGCCAGGACGCCGCCUCCAACUACCUGCACCCGCGCCUCGGUGACAGCCUCCACCCCAACCUCUACGUCCUCACCCAGCACCAGGUCAUUCGUGUGCUCUUUGAUGGCAACAAGGCCUCGGGCGUCGAGCUCAGGCCCAACCCCAAGUUCAACGAUGGCACCGAGAAGCCUGUGCAGAGGGUCAAGGCAAAGAAGCUCGUUAUCCUCUCCUCCGGCGCCCUGGGAACACCCCUUGUACUGGAGCGCUCUGGCGUGGGCAACUCGGAGAUCCUUGGCAAGGCGGGCGUCAAUGUUGUCGCCGAGGUGCCCGGUGUUGGAGCCGAAUAUCAGGACCAUCAACUGAUGACCUACGCAUACUACUCGAGCCUCCUGCCCAACGAGACCUUUGACGCUAUCUACUCAGGCCGCACCAACGUCGACGAGCUCAUUAAGAAGAACGACCCCAUCAUGGGCUGGACCGCCGCCGAUGUCUACUCGAAGCUCCGGCCCAGCGACGAGGAGGCCAAGGCUCUUGGGCCCGCAUUUGAGAGCGCCUGGAACCGCGACUACAAGACCAACCCAACGAAGCCGCUAGCCAUGAUCACUUCGCUCAACGGCUUCCCCGGAGACCCCACCGGCCAGCCUGAAGUCCAGUACUUCUCCUGCUCCACCUUCACCCCGUACCCCUACUCCCGUGGCCACCUCCACAUCACCUCCAAGGAUCUUGAUGCGCCCCUCGACUUCGCCACGGGCUUCUUCGCCGACGAAAAUGAUGUUGACAUCAAGAAAUCCGUCUGGUCUUACAAGAAGCAGCGCGAGAUUAUCCGCCGCAUGGAUGUCUACCGCGGCGAGUUUGCCCCGCUGCACCCAGCUUUCGCCGCCGACUCGGACGCCGCCACCACCUCGGAGCCUCUUGACGGCCCUCUGCCCGACGAUGUGUCUGACAUUGUGUACACAGCUGAGGACGAUGCGGUGUUGGAGCAGUGGCUGCGUGCUAAUGUGGGCACGACGUGGCACUCGCUAGGAACAUGCAAAAUGGCCCCCAAGAGCGAGGGCGGCGUUGUCGACUCGAGCCUAAGCGUGUACGGUGUCGAGAAGCUCAAGAUUGCGGAUCUGAGUGUGCCACCGGGCAACGUCGGUGCUAAUACGGCCAAUACUGCGUAUAUGAUUGGCGAGAAGGCGGCUGAUAUUUUUAUUCAGGAGCUGAAGGGGUAUGAUUAUGGAGACGGCAACAACGGCGGCCCUUAA